GGUGAUGUGGUAGAGAACAUAGUCACACAAGUAGUAACUGCAUCAAUAAUCAUGGUAGAGAUCCUUGAAGAAGUUGAUCCUCGAAGCUUGGAAGAUGAAGAAGCUGAAGAUAUCAGCUACGAGGAUCUCAAGAAGCGAAUGUGGAAGGAUCGUGUGCGCUUAGAGAAGCUCAAGGAAAUCCCAAAGAGCGAAGAACCCGAGUCUUUGGCUAAAGAAGAGGCGUCUCGCCGAAAGAAGAUGGCCAGAGCUCAAGAUUCCAUACUCAAAUACAUGGUGAAGAUCAUGGAAGUUUUCCAAGCACGAGGCUUCGUCUAUGGGAUCGUUCCGAAGAAGGGGAAGCCGGUGACAGGAUCGUCGGAUAGCUUACGAGAGUGGUGGAAAGACAAAGUCCGGUUCGACCAGAACGCUCCACUUGCAAUUUCCAAGAUAUAUCUACCUGAAGUGCUUUUGGAACAAGCAGGUAUUAGUGGGCUAGAUCAUGACAACUCUUAUGUCCAUCUCCUUCAUGACUUGCAAGACACGACGCUGGGGUCGCUGCUUUCAGCUCUAAUGCAACACUGUAAGCCUCCACAGAGGCGGUUUCCGUUGGAGAAAGGUUUGGCUCCGCCGUGGUGGCCUGACGGAAAUGAGAUAUGGUGGGGUGAACAAGGGGUUUCUCAAGAGCAUGGGCCUCCUCCAUAUAGGAAACCUCAUGAUCUCAAAAAGGCUUGGAAAGUAAGUGCUUUGUCUGCAGUGAUUAAGCAUAUGGUUCCUAAUUUGGACAGGGUUAGAAGGCUAGUAAAGCAGUCCAAGUGCUUGCAAGAUAAAAUGACUGCUAAGGAGACUGCGAUUUGGUCAAAAGUGGUUAACCAAGAAGCAGAAGCAAUUCUCCAACUUAUUACUGAUCAGAAACCAAUCAGCUGCCCCGAAAUCGCGGGCACCACAGCCUUACAUUCUAACGAAAAGAAGAAGUGCAUUGAAUUAGGUUUAGGCUUUGUGGAUAAGAAAUCAAGGGCAGGCCAUGAUCAAAAUAAUGUUUCUGAUUCAAUGCGGGAGGUUGACACAAGUUCUUCGUAUGAUCAUUCCUCAAAUGAUUCAGGAUUCGAAAGUGUGGUGGAAUGGAUUAAUAUGGAGCUACAAAAGGCCAGCAUAAACGAAGUCGGUGGAGUGGUCCUGUCUGGUUUUCCAAAUACUUACUGGGAAGGUGGAAUGGAAGAAUUAGCUUUGGAUGCAGCAUUUGAGAUUCAAAGGCAAAACAUGGAUUUGAAUUUAUGUCCAGAAGAAGGGAUCUCACAGGUGAAUCAAGACUCAACUUCAAUUUGGGACAUGGGAUAUGAUUAUGAUAAUUUAUAAGGUCAAAUGUUCACAAUUUCUGUUUGUUGUU